ACUGUUUAUAAAACCUGAACCAGACAUACCGUUUGUCUAUACUCUGUUUGCUGAGGAUUCCCAUUUCCCACUAUAAUCUUUUCAAUCAGAGAAGUCUCAUCCCAAUACCCAAUUGAAGAGAAAAAACUGUGGAAAACAAGAACAGGAUGGCUGACGAGCACAGUGCCCAAAUUCCAAAAGUGAAACUUGGAAAUCAGGGACUUGAGGUUUCAAAGCUGGGGUUUGGCUGUAUGGGGCUGUCUGGAGUCUAUAAUGAUCCUGUCCAGGAAGAGGUUGGCAUAUCAAUCAUCAAGUAUGCAUUCAGUAAAGGAAUCACAUUCUUUGAUUCAGCAGAUGUUUAUGGAGCAAAUGCUAAUGAAGUUUUGGUUGGAAAGGCAUUGAAGCAGUUGCCUAGGGAGAAGAUUCAGUUAGCCACAAAAUUUGGUAUUGUCAAAAUGGAAGCUAAUAGAGUUACAGUUAAUGGUACUCCUGAAUAUGUCCGCUCCUGUUGUGAGGGUAGUCUGAAGCGCCUUGAUGUGGAUUAUAUUGAUCUCUACUACCAGCACCGUGUUGACACUUCAGUACCUAUAGAAGACACUAUUGGGGAACUUAAGAAGUUGGUGGAAGAAGGAAAAAUAAAGUAUAUUGGAUUGUCUGAAGCUAGUGCAGACACAAUAAGGAGGGCACAUGCAGUUCAUCCCAUCACUGCUGUACAAAUGGAGUGGUCCGUUUGGACUCGCGAAAUUGAGGAAGAAAUAGUCCCCCUUUGCAGGGAGCUUGGAAUUGGAAUAGUACCAUACAGCCCUCUUGGUCGUGGAUUUUUUGGUGGCAAAGCAGUCAUAGAAAGUAUACCUGCAAAUAGUUUUUUGAACGCAAAUCCUAGAUUUCAAGGAGAGAAUUUUGAUCAAAACAAGACCUUCUAUUUUCGAUUUGGAAAGUUGGCUGAAAAGCAUGGAUGCACCCCUGCACAACUUGCACUUGCAUGGAUUCUUCAUCAAGGAGAUGAUGUGGUUCCCAUCCCUGGUGAGUGACUCUUGUGAACCUUGUUCACCUUCAAUCUUGUAUGUGUUGCUCAGAUUUUCCAGCAUCCUUUGAAUUUCUUGGAAAGAAGAAAAUAAUUUGAGAUAAACAAAUCAUUAGAAGAUUUUCUAUUUAUUGGUUGGGCUACUGAAAAAUCAACCAUCACUAUAAAUUUAAUAUUAAAUACUCUAUCUGCUAUUAGUCUUCCCCCUUCAUCACCAGCUAGUUAAAAAAAAGGGAAAAAAGGUGCUCUUACCUACUUAUGAUGUUUCUUGGUAGCAAAUGCCAACUUGCAAAUCUGUCUUGUCAUUCAAAAGCUGCUGGACACGAUCAUGAUAUGUUGUUAUGAUAUUCUGGUUUCAAAAUAAAUGAAAAGUUCAGAUAUAUUAUUUCAGCGUCACAACUUUUUGAAAUUGGAGCAUUUCAAAAAUCAAGAACUUCAGUUUUCCUUGUCCAUCUAAUCAAGCAACUAGGGAGAGUACAAAGUUAUGUGAUUAUGUUAUGCAGCAUAAAAUUAUGCAUUAGUCAUACUUCUUUUGUACCUCAAAACAUCUCAUGAGAAGUAAGAACAGGUCAAAGUAUUGGAAUAAAACUUUACUCAACCUAUGAAGAAAAAGGGCAAAAACAAAAUAAAAAUUAAUCAAACUCGACUAAAAUCCUCAAUCCCAACAGAUUGGGCCAGCUACUUGGAACUUUUUUCUUUUUCUUUCCCUUUAGCACUAUCAAAGAUCAUUCACUUCAGUUUAGAUAUAGAACUAAAAGUAUAUUUUUUAUUUUUCAUACUUAUCAAAAAAAUAUUUUUUUUUUUUCAUGAAUCAUGCCUAUAAUUUCUU